AUGUCUAAUGCCGAGGCGUGGAAAAGACGUUCCAUUUACCAAGUUCUCACCGACAGAUUCGCUAUAGAAGAUGAGAACCGUCAAAAUUCAGGUCCAGAUAAGGGGAUUAGAGAUUAUUGUGGUGGAACAUGGAGAGGUAUAAUAUCUAGACUUGAUUAUAUUCAAGGAAUGGGUUUCGAUGCCAUAUGGAUUUCUCCCAUCCAUAAGAAUAUUGAAGAGGUGACCCAAUAUGGAGCGGCCUAUCAUGGAUAUUGGCCAGAGGAUAUUUAUUCAGUAAAUCCACAUUUCGGUACCGCGGAAGAUUUGCUCGCUCUGUCAGGUGCGUUGCACGCACGAGGGAUGUUUUUGAUGAUUGAUGUGGUUGUCAAUCAUAUGGGUUCGCCCCCUACUGUGGAAUUUUCCAGAUAUGUACCUUUCAAUGAUUCAUCAUACUAUCAUCCAAAGUCGUUCAUCACGAAUUAUGAGAAUGAAAAGGAGUGUGAGGAAGGAUGGUUAGGUGAUGAACAUGUACCACUGCCUGAUCUAAAUACCGAAGAUCCCACCGUGGUGCUCACUCUCCAAACUUGGAUCAUGAAACUUGUCCAAAAGUUUAAAAUUGAUGGCCUGAGGAUCGAUACCGUCAAACAUGUCAGGAAGAAUUUUUGGCCGGAUUUUGUUCGGUCUGCUGGGGUCUGGUCGGUGGGCGAGGUAUUAUCAGGUGAUCCUAACUAUCUGAGCUCAUAUCAACCAUACAUUGGAGGGCUUUUGGACUAUGGAACCUAUUAUCCUUUGAAAAGAGCAUUCAAUAGAGAUGGUGGAAGCAUGUAUGAGCUUAUCAACCUCCUCACUCCUCAGUACAGGUCAAAAUUCCGCGAUAUGCAGCAAAUGUCGACUUUUAUGGAGAAUCACGAUAUGCCGCGGUUUACCCAUGACACAAACGAGGAUUUGGCCGUUGUGAAGAAUGCUAUGGCAUGGACUUUACUCACAGAUGGUGUGCCGAUUAUUUACUACGGACAAGAACAAUCUUAUUCAGGAGAUGGCGAUCCUGGCUCCCGAGAGCUGAUGUGGACAUCAAACUAUAAUAUUACACCACUAUAUCAGUACAUCGCACGUUUGAAUCAAAUCAGAAAGUUGAGCUGGGAUUCAGGGUUUGGUACACAUCUAACCACGCGUCUUUAUGUUGACGACAACGUUGCUGCCACGCAAAAGGGCCCCUUGCUCAUGGUACUGACCAAUCAAGGCAGCAAGGCGAAACCGAAAACGGUCUUUGUACCUACUAUGUUCAAAAAUGGUACCACAAUAGUCGACAUUCUCACAAGGGAAUCUUUCACCGUCAAACGAACCACGAAAAUCAUCAUGACAGCCGGCGAGCCCCGAAUCUUUCUUCCUCUUCGUCUAGCAGAACACAUCUGCGAGGAUAUCAUUCCACCAUUUCAAAGCGCCUUGUCUAGAUUAUUCUCUAACAUAUUCAGCUUCAUGUCUUCCUCGAAAGUUGCCGAUGAAAUCACCACUUGGCCACAUGGAGAUGCAGUUUCUACUGAAGAUAUUAUACUUCCCGAAAAGGAUCCUGUGGCGGCCGAGGCAGGCGGCAAGAUAUUAAUGCCGAGUGUCGAGGAGAGUUCAUCUCCGUGGUCUAUAUUCUCUACGCUUGAAUAA